AGGGGGGGAGUUUCUGCUCCUCGCAACAAGAUGGCGGCGGCGGCUGCAGCGAGCGGCGGAGCGGGGGCCCCCCCUCCAGCCCCCGGUGCCCGGCUGCCCCCGGCCCCGCCGCCACCCCGGCCCCCGGGCCCCGCCCGCAUCGGAUACUACGAGAUCGAGCGGACCAUCGGCAAGGGCAACUUCGCCGUGGUGAAGCUGGCGACCCACCUGGUGACCCGGGCCAAGGUUGCUAUAAAGAUCAUUGACAAGACACAGCUGGAUGAAGAGAACCUCAAGAAGAUUUUUAGAGAAGUUCAGAUUAUGAAGAUGCUCUGCCACCCGCAUAUCAUCAGAUUAUAUCAGGUUAUGGAGACGGAGAGGAUGAUUUAUCUGGUGACAGAGUAUGCUAGCGGAGGGGAAAUAUUUGAUCACCUGGUAGCCCAUGGACGGAUGGCUGAGAAAGAAGCUCGGAGAAAGUUCAAGCAGAUUGUAGCUGCUGUCCACUUUUGUCACUGUUGUAACAUAGUUCACAGAGACUUGAAGGCAGAGAAUCUGCUGCUGGAUGCUAACCUUAACAUCAAAAUAGCAGAUUUUGGGUUCAGUAACAUCUUCACACCUGGCCAGCUGCUUAAAACCUGGUGUGGGAGUCCCCCCUACGCGGCCCCCGAGCUCUUUGAAGGGAAGGAAUAUGACGGGCCGAAGGUUGACAUUUGGAGUCUUGGUGUGGUCCUGUAUGUGCUGGUCUGUGGUGCUCUGCCCUUCGAUGGGAGUACUCUGCAGAAUCUGCGGGCAAGGGUGCUUAGUGGGAAAUUUCGCAUUCCAUUUUUUAUGUCCACAGAAUGUGAGCACUUGAUCCGCCACAUGCUGGUGCUGGACCCAAGUAAGCGGCUGUCAAUGGAACAGAUUUGCAAACACAAGUGGAUGAAGCUUGGGGAAGCUGAUGCAGAGUUUGACAGGUUAAUAGCAGAAUGUCAGCACCUGAAGAUUGAAAGGCAGAUGGAACCACUGAAUGAAGACGUGCUCUUAGCAAUGGUGGAGAUGGGGCUGGAUAAAGAGCGCACGCUACAGUCACUAAGGACAGAUGCCUAUGAUCACUACAGUGCAAUCUAUAGCCUGCUCUGUGACCGAUUAAAGAGACAUAAGAAUCUGCGCAUUACAGCACCUCCCAGUGUGCCACGGACCAUGGCCUUCCCCACACCAGCUAACAUCCAGGCGGAACAGGCAGGCAACCCCAUGAGUAUCAAUGUGCCACAAGUCCAGCUCAUUAACCCUGAGAACCAGAUCAUAGAGACUGAUGGAACAAUGAACCUGGACAGUGACGAAGGGGAAGAGCCAUCCCCUGAAGCCCUGGUCCGUUAUCUCUCAAUGAGAAGGCACACGGUUGGAGUUGCAGACCCACGCACGGAAGUGAUGGAAGAUCUCCAGAAGCUCCUGCCAGGCUUCCCUCGUGUCACUCCCCAGGCUCCGUUCCUGCAGGUGACUCCAAAUAUGAACUUCAUGCACAAUAUGCUGCCUAUGCAGAACCUGCAGCCGACUGGCCAGCUGGAGUACAAGGAGCAGUCCUUGCUGCAGCCCCCCACUCUGCAGUUGUUGAAUGGAAUGGGCCCUCUGGGGCGGCGGGCUUCAGACGGUGGAGCCAACAUCCAGCUGCACGCACAACAACUGCUGAAGCGACCUCGAGGCCCUUCCCCGCUCGUCACUAUGACACCAGCAGUGCCAGCAGUUACCCCCGUGGAUGAGGAGAGCUCCGAUGGGGAGCCGGAUCAGGAAGCUGUGCAGAGAUACUUGGCAAAUAGGUCAAAAAGGCACACUCUGGCAAUGACCAACCCUACAGCUGAAAUCCCUCCAGACUUGCAGAGGCAGCUAGGACAGCAGUCUUUUCGAUCCCGGGCUUGGGCUCCACACCUGGUACCCGAUCAGCACCGCUCUGUUUACAAGGACUCAAACACCCUGCACCUCCCCACUGAGCGCUUCUCCCCGGUUCGCCGCUUCUCUGACGGUGCUGCCAGCAUCCAGGCGUUCAAAGCCCACCUGGAGAAAAUGGGCAAUAACAGCAGCAUCAAACAGCUCCAGCAGGAGUGUGAGCAGCUACAGAAGAUGUACGGUGGGCAUAUGGACGAGAGAACUCUGGAGAAGACACAGCAGCAGCACAUGUUGUACCAGCAGGAGCAGCAUCAUCAAAUUCUCCAUCAGCAGAUUCAGGAUUGUAUUCGCCCACCUCAGCCAUCUCCACCCUUGCAAGCUCCAUGUGAAAACCAGCCAGCUCUACUCACCCACCAGCUGCAGAGGUUACGGAUUCAGCCAUCUAGUCCACCCCCAAACCACCCUAAUAAUCAUCUCUUCAGGCAGCCAAAUAGCAGCCCCCCUCCUGUGAAUAGCAGCAUGCUACAGACUCAUGGUGCAGCCUCUCAGUCCCAGUUCCAAGGGCUGCCUUCCCACAGUGCGAUCUUCCAGCAGUCUGGUAACUGUUCCCCGCCCCCGAACGUGGCAUUGACAUGCAUGGGCAUGGCGCCGCAGCCGCAGCCGGUCACCAUCCAAGUGCAAGAGCCCGGAGAUAUGCUCAGCAACAACCUUCUGCAAGGGGCAGCUGUGGCAGGGCAGGGCCUGUCCCCCCACCCCCGAGGCAUGUCUAUCAACCCGAGUGCCAAUCAGAUCCAAAUGCAGCAUCGAGCUAACCUGAUGGCCUCUCUCACGUACGGUCACAGGCCACUGUCCAAGCAGCUCAGUGCUGAUAGUGCAGAGUCGCACAGCUUGAACAUGAACAGGUAUCCCCCUGCUAACUAUGACCAGGUGCAUUUACAUCCCCACCUGUUCUCAGAUCAGGCCCGUGCAUCCCCCAGCAACUACAGCCCAUCAGCAGGGGUGGGGUUCCCCACAACGCAGCAAGCCCUGAAGGUCCCUCAACUUGACCAGUUCCCCAGCUUCCCUCAAAGUGCACAUCAGCAGCAGCCGCAGCACUACACAGCAUCGGCACUACAGCAGGCACUGCUGUCCCCAACUCCGCCAGAUUACAGCCGACACCAGCAGGUACCGCAUAUCCUCCAGGGACUGCUUUCCCCCCGGCACUCGCUCACGGGGCACACGGACAUGCGACUGCCCCCAGCAGAAUUUGCACAGCUCAUCAAGCGGCGGCAGCAGCAGCAGCAACAGCAGCAGCAGCAACAGCAGCAAGAAUUUCAAGAGUUGUUCAGACAUAUGAGCCAAGGAGAUGCUGGGAAUAUGGGCCCCAGCAUGGGACAGAACCUAUCAGAGCGUCAGUCGUUGUCUGUGCCUUAUCAGAAUGCUGACACGUACCAUCACAACAGCCCCCAACAUCUCUUAAAAAUCAGGGCACAAGAAUGUAUCCAGCAGGUAUCUGCAGCAGUGGCGCCGCAUGGGUAUGUACACCAGCCAGCUCUGAUCCAUUCGGAGAGCAUGGAGGAGGACUGUGCAUGUGAGGGUGCCAGGGACAGCUUUCCGGACACUAAGAGUUCAAAUACAUUGACCAAAGGUGGCCAUGAGAACCCACUGCUUUUAAAUGCAGGAGGGCAUGGGGACCCAGAAUCUCUGCUAGGAACUGUUAAUCAGGGGCAGGAAUUGGGGACGCAUCAUUACAGACAUCAGCCAGCUACCGGAUUCAGUAGGAAUAAGGUGCCCAGCAGAGAAUCCAUUGUAGGGAACUGUAUGGACAGAAGUUCUCCAGGACAAGCUAUAGAGAUGCCCAAUCAUAAUGGAGUGGGUUAUUCUGCAAGACCAGCUUCCAUUGAACACCACAGACCCAGAACUCUGCAGAGACAUCACACCAUACAGAACAGCGAUGAUGCCUAUGUCCAGUUGGAUAACUUGCCUGGAAUGAGUUUAAUGGCUGGAAAAGCACUAAGCUCUGCUCGGAUGUCUGAUGCAGUACUCAGCCAGUCAUCGCUCAUGGCCAGCCAGCAGCUACAUGCCAGGGAGAGUGAGGACUGUGGGGAAAGUUUGGAAAGUCAAGAGCACCCAAAUCUAGCUGAUGGCAGCCAGCAUUUAAACACCUCUUGUUAUCCAUCUACGUGUAUUACAGACGUCCUCCUGAGCUACAAGCACCCGGAGGUGCCCUUUGGGAUGGAGCAGGCUGGGGUGUAGCAGGAGGGAGGUUUGUGUACAGCUUUGAAAUGAAAAGGUCCAUUUUAAACCAACAGUAUCUAGCAGCAUUGCGCCAAAUCGCCAUAGUAUUUCUCACUGAAAUAUCAUGGCUCCUUUCCUCAUAAUCAGUUCCUCAGUGUGUCGUUCCUUUGGUUUCUUUCGUUUUUACCAUAUUUGCCUGUAACUCCAGCUAUCGUAGAGCUAACCAGAGAACCUGAGUCCUACACCCUGUGUGAAAGGAUUGAUAGAACCGGAGUUUUUGGAGGGGGUUUUAAAUGCGAAGGGCCAGGUAAUCACGUAUGGUGCAGACUCAGACGUUCUCCCCUUCAUCCAACCCCGCUCUUAAGACGUGUCCAACAUCAUCU